GGGGGUCCCGCGCGGGACAGUACCACCGCAGGCGCCGGCGCGUCGCCGUCGAACGACGUGGAGAGAUAGCGCGCGUCUCACCUGAACGCACGUCAGCGCCGAGGUUCCGCGCGCGCGCGAGACGCUUCUUAGCAGGCGCGUCCCCCUCGGGUUCGCUAAACUUGGAAAAAUUGUUGCUUGUCGAAAGUGUAGGAACCGACGAAGAUAUUGACAGUUGGUGGCCGUGCUUCGACCGAAACGGACCGUGUUUGGCCCGCGAAGUGAUGUAGGCGUUCCUAUGAAUUGAAGAGCUGCUGUUACGCAGGCAGAAAUGCUUGGUGGUCGUGGUGCCACCGGAGCCUACCGCUGUUGUGCCGGCGGUCGCUAACGCCGGAGGGUCCCGAAAUGUGGCGGAGGUUCUUGGCGGCAGGGUCCCGUGGCGCCUGAAAAAGAAAAAAAAGUAAUCAAGCAAAAAGAACGCACCAAAGGGACCGGAAGUCACGACGCUUCUUCCCUGUGCAGCGAGAGGAGGACCUUGCCAAUUGCCUCCCCUGCUUUCUGCGGCACCGACACCGCCUCCUGAUAGAUGAAGGCCAGCUUGGAACUUGCGCACUUCGCACUCGGCCUGUGCUUCCUUUGUUUCACAACUGUCCUAGGCAACUGGGAAGAAUGGUGGACCUAUGACGGAAUCUCAGGUCCCGACUUCUGGGGCCUGUUGAACCCGGACUGGAACCUGUGCAGCAAGGGUCGGCGUCAAAGCCCGGUCGACCUGAACCCGAACACGCUCCUCUUCGACCCUCACCUAAAGCCCCUGCACGUAGACAAAAGCAGAAUCAGUGGCAUCAUCACCAACACGGGUCACGGCGUCAUCUUCCGCGUGUCGGACAGCCUGGCGCCUGGCCUUGCGGUCAACAUCUCGGGAGGCCCGCUCUCCUACCAGUAUCGCUUCCACGAGCUGCACAUACACUACGGCCGCUCUGACGACCGCGGCUCUGAGCACACCAUCGCCGGGAAGCCAUUCCCUGCCGAGUUGCAGAUUUUCGGCUACAACUCGGACCUGUACGCCAACAUGUCCGAAGCCGUGGAGCUACGAAGGAGUGAGGGACUUGUCGGGAUCUCCAUCUUGCUCCAGCUUGGCGAUUUGUCCCAAUCCGAACUACGAGUCUUGACGGGCCAGCUUCAUCGGAUAACAUACAGAGGCCAGGAGGCGGCCAUGAAGCACCUGUCGAUCAAGGAGCUGCUUCCGGAGACGGACCACUUCAUGACGUACGAAGGGUCGCUCACCAUGCCCGGCUGUCACGAGACGGUCACAUGGAUUGUCCUCAACAAGCCGAUAUACAUCACCAAGCAACAGCUCUACCUUCUGCGAAAGCUGAUGCAAGGCGACGAGCUGAACGCCAAGGCUCCGCUGUCGGACAACUUCCGGCCCACCCUUCCGGUCAAUCAGAGACUCGUUAGAACCAACAUUGACUUCAAGUGGAAACAGGGCUCCAACUGCCCAUCCAUGUACAAAAACAUGUAUUAUCAAGCAAACACGAAGUUCGUAGGACCGUGAAAAGGUGACGACGACGAUCCGGACGCCCAAGAAACGGUCCACUGCCGGAUGUUCCGGGACACUGUAUCCGACGCCCGAGAGCUUCGAAGAAGAAGGGACGUUAGCCACCACUUCGGCUGCUGUUCUGUGCGUGCGCGUUGUGCGUUCUUCGAAGAGCGUGGCUGUGUAUGUGCGUGAAGUUCUCUGCAUUGCUCCGAGAAGCGUCAGUGAAUAACAGCUUGACAAACUCCGAUGUUUCCUUUCUUUUUUUUUUAAUCACCCGUCAUCACCAAAACGGACAAUUGACUGCUCCGUACGAAAUACUUCGGUGUGAAGUGAGCUUCGAGAAGUUUGCUCUUUGUUGGCGAGGUAGUUUUGUUCUGCGCUUGCAAGCGAGCGUGUUCUCGCUUGUGUGGGCAUCACCGGAGACGCUGUUGUAAUGGAUCGAAGGACGACGUCAUCGUUUCUACAGAAGCGUAAGAAUGCGUCGAAAAAAGAAGAAUAGGGUUUUCUCGAGAAUUAGCGAUGCACGCUGCCGUCAAAGUUGCUGCGCAUGAUGAGUGGUCUCGGUGAUGCCGUUGCACCACAAGCAGCUUAGAAAUGAAGAUGCGCUGGGUUACCACUUCAUUGACCGCAUUAUUUCUGUUUGGCCCAGGAAAAGCGGUAGAAUUUUUUUAGUUUUAUCUGAAUUAAGGCGAUUUUGGCGUCAUGAUCAAGGCAUAAUUGUAACACUAAUACGUAAAAAAGCUUCUAAUGGAUCAAAAAAUUGCUAUAUAAAUUUCAGCUUGUUAUGCCAUUUGUAUUCGAAGUAAGGUGCUGAUAUUUUAUAAUGGAUAAUGAAAAAUGGUUAUAAUGGUUAAUGAAAGAAUCAGAUGCACACGGAUGCCAUUUCUUUUCGCCAAAGACAGAUUAUUUCUAUUUCAGAAAAAAAAGAGAUUAUCAGAAGUUUGCAGGCCACUUACAGGUGUAGGAGGCCUGUAGAUUAGUCACAUGUACUACGCAUGUCCAGUCAAAAGUGGUCCCGGUGAACUUAAAAGCGAGACAAACAAGUUAUUGGGAAUUAUUCAGUCCAAUUCAUUUUCGUCUGCUUCAGAGAACAGUGGUGUCAGGUUCAGGGCUUUUUAUGUGCGUAAUCGAGGAGUUUGCCUCUCUGCGUGAAACGCUCACAGAGGCGCAUGUAUAUGUAUUUAGUGCAGAAAAUUAUGUCAGUUUGUAUAUCUACUUUGUUAAAAUGGUUGUGUUAAUUAUUUAAAAAUACGUAGCUCGAUGGCUCGGAAACAUCGCUUUAGUCUUCGAAUGGUUAUUGCUUUGUUUUCGUCAGAGAAAGCAUUCUUCAGAAACUAAAGAGAACGUCUAAGCAAGAAGCAUCUGCGCACGUCCCGUAGAUUUUUAAGUUUCACGUUGUUCACAGUACGAUAGAAGUUCAUAUUUCGAAGUUUAUUUAGCAUUUUAUUUUCCGGUAUCUCCCCCCGCCCCUCUUGCCUCUUGUUUAAAUAGGACGCAGUGUGUUAUUUUCUUAUGAGCUGAAUGUUACAGAGCCAGUGAUUGCAGUGGUUCGCACCAACACGACGCCGUACGGAGACAGAGAGAUAGAAAGAAGUGAAACGGAAAGAUGGCGACGACAGAUGCAGCGUAUCGCCUGCUUUGAUGUGCUUGUGUUAAUGCAUGUGUACGUGCGUGACACGGCGGCUGGGACAAGCGGCAAUGACUCGUGAGAAACCAGUUUUGAUUAUACACGUGCAAGUGAAGAUGAACCACUACCACGCGGCUUCGGAGAAUAGAAGACGCCUGUUCGACGCUUGGGAUUUCACCGCAAGGAGGGAACGACGAUACCACCACGGCAAAAUAAAACAACAGCAUCAGCAGCAAGUGUACCAUGAAUGGGCCUCGUCGAAAGCGACUGUGACGCCCCCUACGUCAGAUUCUAGUGCUUCCUAGGACACGGACCUCUCGUUUUAUUUCGGACCGACACCGGUUUCGACAGAGCUAUCGCCCUCGGGACUUCCUAAUUUCCGUCACGUGAUCACUCGUCAAACUACGGAAGGCGCCAGCGGCAGUGUACCGAAGCGCGCCGCGGCGGAACGCGUUACUAAACGUGAUCUUUGAUUGCUUACCUGCUGUUGUAUCCGAUCAUACGUUUUUUUUUUUCUUGUAUUCAAUCUGCAUUUAUUAAUUUUUUAAAAAUUGUACACUUUGCAGAUCGCUCAGUUUGAUCGAAAUUGAUGACAUACGCGCUCAAGAAAAAAAAAUAAUAAAACCCGAAAAAGAAUUGCGCUUUCAGGCUGUUGAAUGUCAAGUAUUUCUUAAAUUGGUUUGCUUGAAGUUGAAAAUGUUUUUGAAUAAUCGACGCGAUAUUGUCCCAGAGACCUUCGAGAUAUAAAGUUUCGAGACCAGAGGUGACUACGUGUUAUGUUGCGAGAUGAAUGUUUCUCAUUUGUUUGAAAUAAAAAGGUGUCACAAAAAU